UUCGCUUCCUGCCAUAAAAACCUGAGAAAGCGUGAGAGAAGAGAAAGAGAGAGAGAGAGAGAGAGAGAGAGAGAGAGAGAGACUCUUCCAUGGCUUGAUUCUUCUUCCUUUUCUAUCUUUUUUACUUUCUUGCUUGUUUUCUUCAAUAAGGCAAGAGAAGUGAAGAGAGAUUGGAGAAACAAAGAACAGAUGAAGAAAGAAGAAUUACAGGGAAGGUCUCUCUUCGGAAUAUCUCUUACAGACAGACCCAAAUGGCAGCAAUUCCUCAUUUGCUCCUCUGGUUUCUUCUUCGGCUAUCUAGUCAAUGGGAUCUGCGAAGAAUACGUUUACAACCGUUUGCAAUUCAGCUAUGGCUGGUACUUCACUUUUGUACAGGGAUUCGUUUAUCUUGGCCUCAUAUACUUACAGGGAUUCAGCUCAAAGCAUAUGGUGAAUCCAUGGAAGACUUAUAUAAAGCUUUCUGCUGUCUUAAUGGGUUCUCAUGGGCUAACAAAGGGUUCUCUCGCCUUCUUGAACUAUCCUGCUCAGCUUAUGUUCAAAUCAACUAAGGUAUUGCCUGUAAUGGUAAUGGGAGCUUUCAUUCCCGGACUUCGAAGGAAGUAUCCAUUACAUGAAUAUAUCUCUGCAAUUUUUCUUGUUGUGGGAUUAAUCUUCUUCACGCUUGCUGAUGCUCAGACCUCACCAAAUUUUAGCUUUAUUGGUGUUGUAAUGGUUGUCGGAGCUCUAGUAAUGGAUGCUUUUCUUGGAAAUCUGCAAGAAGCAAUCUUUACUGUGAAUCCCGAAACAACUCAGAUGGAGAUGCUUUUCUGCUCCACGGUUGUUGGGCUUCCUAUGCUGAUUCCUCCCAUGAUUUUAACCGGGGAGCUUUUCAAGGCCUGGAAGUCAUGCUCAGAGCAUCUGUAUGUCUAUGCUGUGCUGGUUUUUGAAGCAAUGGCGACCUUUGUUGGUCAGAUCUCUGUCUUAUCUCUCAUCGCCAUUUUCGGCGCAGCAACAACAGCCAUGGUAACAACUGCAAGAAAAGCAGUAACUCUUCUCCUCUCAUAUUUGAUAUUUACAAAGCCAAUGACAGAGCAGCACGGCACUGGGCUUCUGCUUAUCGCCAUGGGCAUUGUCUUGAAGCUUUUACCAGAGUAUAAGAAUAACAGUUACAUUUCCCUAAAGCCAAAGCAGCCGUUGGAAGAAGAUGAGCUGAAAGAAAAAGAAGAGAAGGCAGCUUUGGUUUGAAAUUUAGGAAAAAUAGAAGGUGGCUUCUUGGUUUCUGGCUUUGGGAUUAUCACUUAACUUCUUCAGUGCAAGAUUGCAUCAAAAAAAUUUUUUUUUUAUAAAGUUUGUUUUAAAUGUUAUUUUAUAGGGAAAUAAUGCUUCAAAUAUCUUCAAUGAUUGAUGUAGUUGUAAUUUGCAGUGAUGAAAUUAAUUGACAAGGAAUAUUUUUUUUUUA